UAGAAGCAGCCAGACUUGAUUACGCUGAACGUGUUAGAUUCCCGACCACUGCAACGAUAUGUUUUAAAUUUUCUGGUCAUAUGAACAAUCAUUUGAUGUUCCCACACUGGCAUAUUAACGGAAGUGCUAGCUAGUCCAUUCAUUAUAUUAUGUAAUAUCAAUGCGUUAGUGUGUGUAACCCAACCAACUGUAAUCACGUAGUGUAUUGCCAAGACGAGCUGGUGACGUCAUAGAAGCUGUUCCUAUGCUAACACAGCACAGCAACAGGAACAGUAAUGUCCGUCCUGCUUGCUUACACUCCUCGCAACUUGGUUCUACCUAGUCGAACUUGGCAGGUCCAUACUCAGACACGAGUCGGAACUCUGCGUAGUAAUGACUUUUACCAAACAAACGUCAUGGAGGAUGAAGCUGGGGGUGGGCUGGGAGGCUAAGCUACUAGCUAACCCGUAAGCACCAAGGCAGUGUUGUUUGUAUCUUAGCGGAAGUUCGCCCAUUCUCAAUGUUGCAGACUUAAGGUUAUUUUGUCAAAUGCCUUGCCAACAACGACCAUUUAUGAGGAACCUAUCUGCAAGUGAAAGUGCAGGACUCGACGCCUAACGUGCCCCUUCUCAUAAUACAGAAACAAUGGAGUGUAAAUGUGACCCGAUUGGAGACGACUGGACUGACAAUCAGAGCCGACGGUCCCUGAGCAGCAUGCACAAGAAGGGUCGAGCAUUCUCUACCAAGAAACAGAAACACAACAAGAACUUCCGAGACCGAAUCCAGGAUGAAAAAGACAUUUCAAAGAAUGAAAUCUACCCUUUGGAUCCAGACCGCGACCAGAUGUCGGACGUAGAUGGGGGGCGAGGGAGCAAGGGCCCCUCUUACUCGGAUGACUACGAGAACGAGUCGCUGUCCGAGCGCUCACUGUCGCCGUAUUCGCGGGAUCGAACUCUGUCCCCCACCCCACCCGCGGGGGUACGGAGAAACCAGAUUCCGAGCAGUUCACCCUAUAACACAGCUGUGCAGCAACGCGUCCGGGCCCGCCCACCGCGUCCAGGCGGCCGAUACCGGGGAGUUCGUUCACGCAGCAAGGAGUCCCUUCCUCCAAAAGACCUGGACCCCCUGACCAAGCAAAUGCUCUCGGGCCGCCUGUUGAAGAUCAACGAAUUGCGCAACGCUCACACCGAGCUGCAGCAGCGCAUUGUGGAGCUGCAGAAGGAAAACCGGGUUCUCAAGCAUCUCCAGCUGCGCCAGGAGAAAGCUUUGCAGAACUACACGGAUGCCGAGACUAAAAUCUCCCAGAUGCUGUCGUGUCACGCCAGCGAGACCCACGUGCUGCGCGAGCGUCUGCGGCGCACUCAGGAGCGAGAGCGUGUUGCCGAGCGUCGGCUGAAGGAGAAGGAGGCCCAGCUGAUGAGGAGUCAGGUGACUGUCGGCCGCAUGAAGAAGCUGGUGGAGCAGCGGGAGUUGGGGGCCCGCGAGGAGCUGACGUGUAAGCUGGAGGAGGAAAGGGCGCGCACGCAGGAGGUUGAACUCAAGAUGAAGGAGCUGGAGAGGAACAUGGAGCUGAACAGCAGCAGUCACCAGAGACAGCUGGCUGCAGAAAGGAGGAAGAUGCUCAUCGCUCAGGAAGAGAUCAAGACUCUGCAGAAGGAGCUUGAACAACUCACCAAUAAACUCAGGGAAAAAGAAAGGGAAUUAGAGACGAGGAACAUUUAUGCUCAUCGCAUGGGGAAACUCCCACUAAGGAAAGUCACCGAGGGUGAGCCCAAAUCAAAGCUCCCUAGUAGGACCCACGUAAAGGGGGUGCAGACACAGGACCGACCGUGCAGCCCAGAUUUCCCCUCGCCGCCUCCUGCUGUCAGUGACGUUACAGAGAACAGCGACCCAGCACCUGAUGGAUACUUGUCACUCAAGCAACUGGACACAGUGGAUGGACUGGCAGAGACGAGCAAACGUCCAAACCAGGAGCAGCAACAUCAGAAGAAGACGGAAGACGUAAGAGGUACAAGUGAGGCGACAGAAGAGGAACAACACGCAGGGUGGGACAACGCCGUGAAGGAGGACGAGGACAAAACGAUAGCCAGCUUCUUGACAAAUUUGAGGGAAGGGGGUAGUAACAGGAAGAGCGGCCAUGUCCAAGUGGAAGUGGACAGGUGGAACAACGAGACGGCCGAGACACGUCGCAGAAAGGACCAGCUGCUGGCUAAGAUGCGGGAAAUCGACCUUCAAAAUGACGGAGUGCGGAAAUCCGUCUUCGGCGACUCGUUUGCGUCCACCGCGUCUCCCGCUGAGCCUCUCUCCUCCCAAAUGGAGGAUCCGAGUUUUGUUGCUGGAGAUGCAAACAGGGAGGCUGGACGCAGACGCAGCCUGCGCUCCCAAAAAUCCAACGAGGACUUAAUUUUUGGGAGUUACAUUCCCUCUUUUGGAAAUUCCCGUAGCAUGCCCGGGCCUCUUGUCAAAGAGGACGGCGACUCCGCAUUGGAGGCGAUUGGCGUUUUCAGCCUCAAGGGGGCACAAUUGGACAAAAAGAAAGAGAGUGACAUGGACACAAACAACAAGAAGUCCAUUCUCAUGCAGCAGCUGUUUGGCUCUCUGGCAACACCGGCCAGCAACACUAGCAAAACUGACAUGCUGGACUUCAGCACCAACGGCGUGCGUUCAGGGACCCGCGCAGGACGCAUGACUGUCAGCACAUCGGCGCCGUCGUCGGCCUCCUUGGAUGCCCGACACGUCGUCGAGAGCCGGCCGACUGUGCGUGCCAUCGCCUCGUUCGACGACGACAUCGAGGAGCUCAUACUAUAACAUUUUUUUAAUGACUAACUUAGCACUCAAGUGUGUGUCAAAUAUAGCUGAUAUUAGCUUUUUUUGUUGCACUUUCAAAUGUUUUUAAUUUAUUGCACUUGGUACACUUAACAAAAACAAAAAAAUAUCUGUUUCCAAAACUCUUCUGU